AUGGCUAGGACUUCUACCUUGAUCGCGGCCCUCGCGGCCGCAAUACCUCUUUGUCUCGGCUUCACGGUUACCGCAUCAGGCGACGCAUCCGUUUUGGCCAACGCCAUUUUCACCGGCCCCGGAGUGUCUGUACUAUCAGCGACUUUCAGUGGAUCAGCGACCAGUUCGGGAACCUUCACAGACGGCCUUGGUGGCAUUGGUAACGGUGCAAUUUUGACGACUGGAUCCGCCGCGGGAGCUCUUCCCGGCGGUGACCAUUAUGUGAACAACGGAGCGGGCGGAAGCAAUACAUAUUGCGGCACUAACACUUUCAACGCUGCAAUUCUGAGCGUCUCUGUCGCUAUUGCCAAUGGCUACAACGGAGUUCAAGUCGAAUUCAUCAUGGCCUCGGAAGAAGAAGGAGGAAGCCCUGAUCCCAUCGGUAUCUUCCUCGGCAGCCAGCAGUAUGCCAUAGGCUAUGACGGGCAAAGAAUCACCGCAACAUCCCCUUAUUUUGACCCGCCGAUCGUCAUCACGCCGCCUAACAGCGUCUCAUCGUACCCGGGCUCGACUCCACCUCUUCUGGUCGGAAUACCGGCUACCGGUACGACGCAGAUGGUCUUUGCCAUUUGUGACUUCAGUGAUACGGAAUGGGACUCCGCUCUCAUGUUAAAGGCGGUGCAAUUCUCAAGUCAAAAUCGACUAUGUGACAUCAACGGUUAUUGUUGCUGCGGGGCAGGAGUUCACAUCGACGGCGAAGGCUUCCGGCACUGUCUCGGGGACCAUCACCAUUGGGGUUACUGCAACAGCUACGUCCACGUCGACCUCGACGACUUCAUCGAGCUCAACGACUUCUGCAAGUUCGACGAGUUCUGCAAGUUCGACGAUAGCGCUGUCCACGAGCAGUACUUCAACCGACUCUUCCCCCACGUCCACAACAUCUUCAACGACGACAUCGUCAAGCACACUCGCGUCAUCAACCACUUCCACCGAGAGCUCCACGACACCCCCCACCAGCCUAUCGUCGUCCACAACUACAGUUCAACAGUCGACAUCCGGCACCUCGACGUCCUCAACGUCUCAGAGCAUUUCUCCCUCUGCUCCAACAACGUCAACGUCCUCGAGUACGACAAUCUCUUCAGUAGUCAUAUCUCAGACUUCCCUUCAAAGUACUUCGGUGUUGUCCAGCGUUUUUUCGACAACUUCAGUCGCGUCGUCGACGCCCAGAAUUUCCAGCACGAGUAUUUCCAUGUCUUUCCGCUUUACAAAUUCAUCAUCAAGCGCAGUUCCAACACUCGAGCAGACGCCAUCACCAUCAACAACGACCAGUUCUGCAAGCAAUGCCCCUUCCACGCCCACAUUGACAUCAGUUCCCGCCACAAGCGUCGUUACAAUUCAGUCUUCAACUGGUGCGCCUCUGAGCUCAGGCAGUGCCCCUAUAUCACAAAUCAGCUUGCCAGCCAGCUCUUCUUCAUCUUCUCUGAAUCCAGUCUCAACGACCUCCAGCAGUGUCCAAAUCUCAGUAUCAGCUCAUUAAGCACUUCUGGUAUAGGAACACCAGGCAGUCCUGUCGCCAGCUCACCGAUGAAUCCCUCGACAAGCCUUCCCAGCAAUCCUCCCAGCAGCGCUUCCAGCGAUGCACCCUCCGGCCUAUUUCCCACACCCACAGAAACUGCAGAAACCUCCACUACCCAGACCUUGGUCGGCACUCCAAUUCUGCUCUCAAUCAUUGCCGGGGCUGCAGGCCAGCCCCCGCCAUCCAACACACCAGGUGCUCCUUAA